CGCCCACGACACUGAAAUGGUACGGUGCGGUGCCGUGCCUGUCGGUGCUUAGAGCUAAGAAGGGGGACGAGAGAUAGAGAAGAGAGAGAGAGAGAAUAUGGAGGCGAUAGUUCGGAUGCCCUACGAAGCAGCGGAGCGGGCGGGGCUGGCUGCGCUGGAGAGAAACCUCCUCCCGGAUGCAUUGGUCAGGAGGCUGACGCGGCUACUCCUCGCAGGCCGCCUCCGCCUCGGCUACCAACCCUCCGCCGAGCUCCAGCUAGCGGAACUCCUCCGGUUCAAGCAGGCUCUUGAAGAUAUGCCUAUAGCUGUGGAAACUGAUAAAGCCAAAUCCCAACACUAUGAGUUACCCACCUCAUUUUUCAAGUUGGUGCUUGGACAGAAUUUAAAGUACAGCUGUUGUUACUUCAAGGACAAAACAAGCAAAUUGGAAGAUGCCGAAAAUGCAAUGUUAGAAUUGUAUUGUGAAAGAGCUCAACUGAAAGAUGGCCAAAAAAUUCUUGACAUAGGAUGUGGCUGGGGUUCCUUUUCAAUAUAUGUUGCAAAGAGAUACAAAAACUGCAAGGUCACAGGAAUAUGCAACUCAUCUACUCAGAAAGCUUACAUAGAAGAGCAGUGUAGGCACCUUGAGCUUCCCAAUGUAGAAAUAAUUGUUGAUGACGUCAGCAAUUUUGAAAUGGAAGCUUCGUUCGACCGAAUUGUCUCAAUAGAAAUGUUUGAGCAUAUGAAGAACUAUAGGGAACUUCUUAAGAAGAUAUCAUCGUGGAUGAAGGAAGAUAGCUUGUUUUUCAUUCAUCACUUUUGUCAUAAAACAUUUGCUUAUCACUUUGAGGAUAAAAAUGAAGAUGACUGGAUUACAAGAUACUUCUUCACCGGAGGAACCAUGCCUUCAGCAGACCUACUUCUCUAUUUUCAGGUCUUGCCCGACCAGAUCAACCAAAAAAAAAAAAACAACCACCACUGCCUGUCUAGACUUGUGCAUUGGUGUAUAAAUCCUCAAUUCAUCUGGUUGAACAGACGAUUCAAUAAGAAAAAAGGUGUCAACCACUCACCUAAUUAUCAAAACAUCAAUGGGAAGGAAACUAGUAAAAUUUCAUGUGCAUUAAUAGCAUUUAAGAAGUUUUCCUUGUAAAUUAGUAAAUGACCA